AUGGCCUCAAUGACCAACAUUUUUAAGAACAUGAACAUGGGAGGAAGUGUACAACCAGUCGCUGCCAUUCAAAGGGCAGAAAUCUCUUGUGUGUAUUGUGGUGAUGGGCAUACUUUUGAAAAUUACCCUUCAAAUCCAGCUUCGUUUUGCUAUGUGGGUAAUCAAAAUUUCAACCGCAACAACAAUCCAUACUCAAAAUCCUACAAUCCGGCAUGGAAGCAUCAUCCGAAUUUUUCAUGGGGAGGUCAAGGGGCAAGUUCAAGUGGAGCACAAGCACAAGGAAAACAAACAUUUCCACCAGGGCAAUUAGCUAAUGAUUUGAAGAAUAGACCACAAGGCACUUUGCCUAGUGACACCGAAAACCCAAGAAGAGAUGGCAAAGAACAUUGCAAAGCAGUAACCUUGAGAAAUGGAAAAAUUCUUGAGUCAAAUGUGGCUGCAAUAGGCAGUAAGGAGCCCUCUUCAAUCCAAAAAGAGGGGGAAAUGAAGAAAAAACCAGUAAUUUCAGUUGUUGAAAUUCCCCCAGUAGUUACAGCAUCCGAUCAGCAUUCUGCUGCAGAAAUACCUUUGCAAAAGCCACCUCCACUAUUUCCUCAACGAUUCAAGAAGCAACAAGACGAUGGUCAAUUUCAGAGAUUUUUUGAUGUUCUAAAGCAGCUCCACAUCAAUAUACCAUUAGUGGAAGCUUUGGAGCAAAUGCCAACUUAUGUGAAAUUUUUGAAGGAUAUUUUGACAAAGAAAAGGAGGCUUGGCGAGUUUGAAACUGUCGCUUUGACGGAGGGUUGUAGUGCCAUGUUGAAGAGUAAAAUUCCACCUAAAUUGAAGGAUCCAGGCAGAUUUACAAUUCCAAUUUCAAUUGGGGGUCGAGAUGUUGGAAGAGAUCUUUGUGAUUUGGGAGCUAGUAUUAAUCUCAUGCCCAUGUCUAUUUUCAAGAAGUUGGGAAUUGGAGAAGCAAGGCCAACCACUGUCACUUUGCAAUUAGCGGAUCAUUCUAUGGCCCAUCCGGAUGGAAAAAUUGAAGAUGUUUUGGUACAAGUGGAUAAGUUCAUUUUUCCGGCCGAUUUCAUUAUUCAUGACUAUGAGGAAGAUAGGGAAAUUUCAAUUAUUUUAGGGAGGCCAUUUCCUGCUACGGGAAGGACUUUGAUAGAUGUUGAAAAAGGAGAGCUUACAAUGAGAGCUCAAGAUGAGCAAGCCACAUUCAAGGUUUUCCAUCCCAUACGUGCUCCGGAUGCAAUAGGAGAAUGCUGA